UGUUGUCUAAAUUUGAUACAUACUUUAAUUCUCUAUCUUAUCUCUACCUUAAUUCUCUUUUUGAGCAAAAGAACUUUAAAUUCUAAGGUUUUCAAGUUAAAUAAAAUAACUAUUUUAUACUUCUGUUCCAUCUCUCGUCCAAUGAAUUUUCGAAGGCGUAAAAAUAAAAAUACUAUUUUCCCCAUAUUAAGAUAUUAAAAAUGAUAGCAGAAAUAUAUGGAGCUAUAGCUUUUUGUAUGGCAACAUCUGGAUUAAUUUUAAAUUUUCUCCUAAUUUGGUUAAUUCUUUGUUUUACAAUGAAAGAAAUGCAAAUUUACAAUCGAAUCCUUCUACAAACCUGUAUUGUCGACAUUACUGCUAUUAGUUUAUUUGCCCUUGUUCAGCCGGUUUACGUUUCUGACAAUGGUGUUGGCACAAUUUGGGAAUAUGGACCAACCCAUUAUUUACCAAAUCCUUGGCAAUGCAUCGUUUUUAUGUUCACUGCUUUUAUGUUACGUAUCACAACAAUGAAUAUUUGUUCAGUUUUUGCUUAUCGUUACUUGACUUUAGUUUGGGGAAUAACGAUUCGUUGGAAACACCAUAUAGCUCUAUUAAUUAUUUUUAUGUCUCCAGUUGUUGUUUUAAAUGUUUGUUCUUAUAUAACAAACCAACCAACACCAGAAAAUGAACAUUUAACAAAUUAUGUUUUGGCUAAAACGCUUGAAUUAAGUAAUGAUACAAUGCAAACUUAUGUUGUUGGAAUGCGUUCUAGAGUGAGAAACUUUAAAAUUCUUUUCAAAAAAAUUAUUCAGUUAACACCUCUAUCAGGUUUUGUUUCUAAUUUUGCAACAGUUUUGACCUUUUCUUCGUAUUUUAUUGUAAUAGCUUUUGGGGUUUGUAUUCAAUAUCAUGUCUAUAAAAAAUGUAAAGGAGCUGCAUUUGCCAAAAUGCGCAAUAUGAAUAGACAAGUUACAAUGGUUUUGGUUGCUCAGGCACUUCUUCCUCUGAUAACUUUUUUCCCUCAAUUAAUGACAAAUAUGAGUGUUUUCUUUACAAUGCCAGGAUUGUUUACUUCAGUAGCUGGAAUGUUUCUAGGCACAACUUUAUCUGCUACAAUUUCUGUAAUGAAUCCAAUUGUAACAAUUCUGAGUGUUAGAAAUUAUCGUCGUUUAAUUUUUCGAUGUAAAAAUGGAGAAGAAAAUCAAGACAAAGUUGUCCCGUUACCGCCGACAACAAUGACUGUACCACAUAACAGAGUUGUUAUAAAUGAAACCUGGGCAACAAGAAAAUGA